AUGGCCUGCCAAAGCUGCCGUUACCAGGCGAGACUCCUGGCCCGGAGCUUGCGAGCGACCGCCGACCUCGCCUCGCCCCAAAACUCCCUCGCCGCGACGGCGCGCCGGACGGCCCCGGCGGCUCCGGCAGCCUCCGCGAUGACGACCCCUCCCUCAAGGAGAUACUUCAGCCAGACGCCCACACGACGGAACCAGGCGCCGCCGACCGGCUUGAAGCAGGCCAUCGCGUCGGGCAUGAUGGCCGCUGCGCCAAAGACCAUGGCCGCGACCCUGACCACCUCCCGCCUCGAGGCGCUCUAUAAAAUCUGCUCGUCGCCGGCGCUGUACAAGAUCUCGGAGCAGGAGCGCGCCAAGGACAUGGUCCGCAUGACGGCCGAGGGCGAGGAGGUCGGAGACCCGGUGGGACCCUGGCUACAAUACUUCGACCUUCAGCCCUCCUUCAGCUCCUGGUCCCAGACCACGAUGCUGCACAUGUACCUCGUCCUCGCGCGCAUGCGGUGCCUGGACCGCGAGGCCUCCCGCAACCUGCAGCACCAGUUCAUCGACCAGUUCUUCUUCGACUGCGAGCGCAUGAUGCACCUGAACCACGGCAUGACCUCGUCGGCGCUGCGCCAGCGGUACCUCAAGGAGAUCUUUGUCCAGUGGCGCGGCCUCAUCGCCGCCUACGACGAGGGCGUCGUCAAGGACGACCGCGUGCUCGCCGCCGCCGUCUGGCGCAACCUGUUCAAGUCGCGCGAGGACGCCGACAUGCGCCAGGUCGCCGCCGUCGUGGGCUGGAUGCGCGCCACGCUACAGGACCUCGAGGCCGCGCCCGUCGAGGACUUGCUCGUUGCGCCGGCCAAGGUCUUCAAGAGGGACGUGAGGGAGAUGUUCAAGCUUGUCGAUGCUGUUGCGCCGCAGGUCAAGGAGGAUGUGGCCAAGGCUGGUGGUGCUCAGGGAGAGGCCGCGCCGAAGGCGUAG